AUGCAGCUUACUUUGUCAAUUGGGCAAUCUAUGGGACGAAACUAUCAACCUCAACAAUUGCCGGCUACUAAGCUGACUCACGUCCUUUACGCAUUUGCUAACCUUCAAACGGAUGGUACAGUCUACCUCUCCGACACAUAUUCUGACCUUCAAAAACAUUACCCUACUGACUCUUGGAACGACGUCGGAAACAAUAUUUAUGGGUGUGUCAAGCAACUUUAUUUACUUAAGAAAAAGAAUCGUCAAAUGAAAACUCUUUUAAGUAUUGGUGGCUGGACAUACUCUACGAACUUCGCUGCUGCCGCUAGUACAAAUGCAACUCGUACAAAAUUUGCCUCAACCGCCGUGCAAUUUGUUCAAGACCUUGGAUUUGAUGGUAUUGAUAUUGACUGGGAGUACCCCGCCAAUGAUGUCGAAGCUAGCAACUUCCUGUUCGCUCGGCUCUCGAUGCAUAUGCUGCGCAGCAUGCUCUGGUUACCAUUCCUCAUUACUGUUGCGAGUCCUGCCGGUCCAGAGAAAUACAAUAUUCUCCAUUUGGCAGAUAUGGAUAAAUAUCUUGAUUCCUGGCACUUAAUGGCGUAUGAUUAUGCUGGAUCCUGGGACAAUGUCACAGGCCACAUGGCAAAUUUAAAUCCCAGUUUGAUCAAUAAUUCAAGUACCCCAUACUCGACGCAAAGAGCGAUUACAGAUUACAUUGCGAAGGGUGUUAGCCUAUCCAAGAUAAUCAUGGGUUUGCCGCUGUAUGGAAGAGCAUUUGAAGGUACCACUGGGAUGGGUUUAACAUUCAAUGGAAUUGGUUCUGGGUCAUGGGAGGCAGGAGUUUGGGAUUACAAAGAUCUGCCCAGAGCUGGUGCGUCUGAAUACUACUCUUCUGAUGUUGUAGGAACCUACAGCUACGAUAAUUCCACAAAAGAGCUUGUUAGUUAUGAUAACGUCAAGGCAAUUCAAACAAAGGCGGAAUACAUCAUGAGUAGUGGACUUGGAGGUGCAAUGUUCUGGGAGUCCAGUGGGGAUAGGAAUGAUAGCAAGAGUCUCAUUUCAACGACGGCAGGAAUCUUCCCCUCAUUGGACCAGACUCAGAAUCUAUUGACCUACAAUGCGAGUGCAUAUGCAAACUUGGCAGCUGGCAUGCCUGGUGUGUAA